GCAGUAUGGCAAAUCUCUACAUACAACUUAUGCUCCGCCUUCCUGCAGAUGAUGUGAUACUAAAAUAACUGCAUUUGAAUGUCCCUUAACAUAGUAGCGGCAAGUAUUGGGAAAGCGUAGCAUACAUCUCGGAGUAUUUAAUAAACUAAGAAGUAUUUUUGAAAAGAUUAUAAUUUAUCAACAUUAAAACAAUUCUAUGUUAAAUCUUGUUUUCUUAAGUCCGACAUAAACUGUGGAAAUAAAAAACAAUUAAAAAUUGUGCGUGGUGGAUGUUAGAAAAAAUAUAAAUACAUGUGUAAAAUGAUUUAAACCGAAAUAAUUUAAACAAAAUGUUAACAUAAAAGAAUAUUCGCCGAAUGUUGGUAUCCUGGAGAAUUUGCAAUUAGAGGAUGUUGUUGAUGGUGGACGAUUUUCACGAGCGAAUGAUAGUACAAUUGUAAGCAGUAUUGCAGCUACUUCCAUCACUGAUGCAUCCACGCUUACUACUACCAAUAUUCAGGCGAUGGCUAAAACUACAUACAGUCACUCGAACAAUAACAACAACAAUAUAAAUACGGAUAACGCGACGAGAGCAGAGCAUAAGGAGUGCAUUGACUCGACCCAAUCACGAAUGGAAGCCGAUCAAAAUACAGAGAUGCCUAGCACCACGUACAAAUCACCUUGCUGCCUCACGUUACCCUUGCCGACGGUGCAAAUGCAAUCGUUGGCACCUACCCUAUCAAUCACAACGCCCCUUCCAACAGCGGCAGCAGCUGUAUCCGCUACCAAUGAUUUAAGCAGAGCAGAACACUGGUAUGCACACGCCCAUGUACACGCCCACCCGCAUCCGCAUCCGCAUUCACAUCACCAUCACCACCACCCUCAUCAUCAUCAUCAUCAUCAUCAUCAUCACCAGCAACUGAACGAAGAUUUGGUAGUGUAUACACCGCCAGUUGUUUCGGCCACCACAUCCGUUUCGGCGACGGCGUCAGCGUCGACAAGUCCGUCACCGAUUGGAAAAUUUGGAAUCGAUAGCUCCACCGAUGGAUACCUUAAUGCCCGAGUACAUGCAACAACAACCUCAUCGGCAGAAUCUACAAUGUCUAUUUCAGCAACCGCCAAAGGAGUGCGUCAUGAAAGAACUUCCUCAACAGCUUUUUUCGACAUUCCCGCUGUGACACAUCCUUAUUGCUACAGAUUCCCAUCAACGCCGCCCGCAGGGAUUCUUAAAAAGAACGACCAAGAUCCAACUCUAUCGUUUUGCAGUGAUCCAACAUCUGGUGCAACAACAAAUAUGAUUCCGAUUGGGCACCACUAUCACAGCACCAAAGUCGAGCAUCCCGAUUCAACUACAACGCAUUUGAGUGGUCACUCCCAUCAGCAUUUGGCCCAUCAUCCAACUCAUAUGCACUUACAACCGCACACACAUACUCAUCCGGCCACUCAACAACCACUAACAACGCAUACCCAUCCGCACACACCCAGCCACCCACAUGUGCACUCAAGCAUGUUGCAUCAAACGCAUCCCAGCAGCCAUUUAUCCGCGCACACAUCUGCUUUCAAAUUUGGUCAUGGAGCCAUUAUCACCAGCGGCACUGCAAGCAUGUAUCAUCAACAUCCAUAUAGUACAACAAACGGCAACUCGUACAGUCUACGUUCAAGCGGCUCACUGUCACCCACAACCGCCGCCUCGCUAUCGUUGACAUCAACAAGUUCGUCGGAUAUCGAUAUUAAAUAUGAAAGUCCCUACAACUCAACUAUAUCCUCAACGUACGCACUGCGUCCUGUCACUGUUGACUCGACCACUGUAUCUUCAACCGAUGGCGAGAUCAAAUACGAUGGCCUUUACAAUAACGCGAUUUCGACUAGCCAAACAGUUUCGCAGCGACGUGGUUCACUUCAAUUGUGGCAAUUUCUUGUGGCACUGCUGGAUGAACCCACAACAAGCUCAAGUUGUAUCGCUUGGACGGGUCGCGGCAUGGAGUUCAAACUCAUUGAACCAGAGGAAGUAGCACGUCGUUGGGGCUUGCAAAAAAACCGACCUGCAAUGAAUUAUGAUAAGCUGUCGCGGAGCCUACGUUACUACUAUGAAAAAGGCAUUAUGCAGAAGGUCAAUGGCGAACGUUAUGUAUACCGCUUUGUAUGUGAUCCUGAGGCGCUAUUCAACAUGGCCUAUGGCCAUUUGACCAGUGCAACAAACAACGCGCCAACCACAUUGAAAAAUGAUACUCACACGCAUAUUUUGUCCACUGCAGCAGCGGCGGCGGCAGCGGCAGCAGCAGUAACUCUUACAGCGUCGAAGAAUCUAUCACAGCCGAAUAACAGCGUUGACUUAUUGAGCAGGAAUGAGUUGGCUAUGAAUGUAGAUCAGGCGAUGGAACACAGCGAAAGUGAAAGAGAGAGGAGAGCUAAUAACGAUAGUCUAUUCUAUAGCAGUCCACUCCAAAAAUACUAAAAAAAUUGAAUGCAAACACGUAAUAUAAGUAUUUAAAAAUAUUAAGUACUAAAUAUGUAUGUAUGUAUUAUAUAUGUAUGUAUGAUGUAAUGGCUGUAUUUUAGAUAAUUGUAUGAUACGACUAUGUCAAGCAGUGAAUAAAGUAAAUAGAAUGUUUAAAAUAAAACAUUUGAUUUAAAGUCCCAA